AUGAAGUUCGGAAAGAACAUCUGUAUUCUCAACGUCGGGGGGACCAAGUAUGCAUUCACAAGGGAAAUCAUAAAGGAUUUCCCUCUCCGACGGGUAAGUAGACUGCACAAUUGCGCAUCCGAAAAAGAGGUUUUGGAGGUGUGUGAUGAUUAUGACCACGAGCGGAAUGAGUUCUUCUUCGAUAGACAUUCAGAGGCUUUCGUCUUCAUCAUGCUGUACGUGCGUUCGGGGAGGCUGAGAUUUGCCCCGAAAAUGUGCGAGCUCUCUUUCUACAACGAGAUGAUCUACUGGGGUCUGGAGAGUUCACAUCUGGAGUUUUGUUGCCAGAAGCGACUCGACGACAGGAUGUCCGAUACACACACUUACUUUUUCGAGGAGGACGCAAAGGCAGACGAAGAGUCUGGAGACGAGCGCAUGACCGCCACGAGCCCCAACGGCAACAGUGAAUGGUAUGUCAGAUGGAUAGCAAAACUUAGAAGGAUUUUUGAAGAACCAACAUCGUCGAUUGCUGGUCAAAUUUUGGCCGCUGUGUCCGUUAUUUUUGUGAUCGUAUCCAUGGUCAUCCUUUGUGCAAGUACUCUGCCAGAUUGGGAAACAGCCAAAAAUAGAAACAUAGAAGAACACAGGACUAUGGAGGCCGUGUGUAUCGGCUGGUUCACCGCUGAGUGCGGCAUGCGUUUCCUGCUCUCCCGCAACAAGUGCGCCUUCGUCCGCCAGCCGCUGAACUUCCUGGACCUGCUGGCCAUCAGCCCGUACUACGUGCUGCUGGCGGCCACAGCGCUGCUGGGCGAGAGCCUGGAGAUGCAGCGCGCGGGCACCAUGCUGUGCAUGCUGCGCAUGACGCGCGUCUUCUGGCUGGUCAAGCUGGCGCGCCACUUCCACGGCCUGCAGACGCUGGGCCUGACGCUGCGCCACUGCCGCAGCGAGCUGGUCAUGCUGCUGGUCUUCAUGUGCGUGGCCAUGGCCAUCUUCAGCGCCCUGGCCCAGCUGCUGGAGCACGGCCUGAACGCGCGGCCCCACAACCACGACUACAACAGCAUCCCCGCCGCCAGCUGGUGGGUGAUCAUCUCCAUGACGACGGUGGGCUACGGGGACAUGUACCCGGUCACAGUGCCGGGCCGCGUGCUGGGCGGCGUGUGCGUGGUGAGCGGCAUCGUGCUGCUGUCGCUGCCCAUCAGCUUCAUCUACCACAGCUUCCUGCAGUGCUACCACCAGCAGCGCUUCCGCUCCGCACGCCACCCCAGGAGCCUCUCUGCUGAGGUCCUCAACUGACCUGUGGUCAGUCUGGUGGCCUCCCGCUGAUCUUCGUCUCUUACACAUCCUGACCCUCUGUUAGCCUUGCACGGUCUAGAACCAUAAAAAACAGACCUUUUCUUAAUGUUGAACAUUGUGUCUUCACCAUUUAUAAUGUUCAAAGCUACUCUUGGGCCCUCAACAUUUAUUGGCACCCCUGGAAAAAAUGAGUAAAAAGAGGUAUAAAAACUGUCCUGUGGGCGUUUUACCCUAGUUUCACAUAAAAAUGCAAUAUCAAAAUGAUGUCCUCUUUAUGAGGAAUUUCUUUCUUGCUUUCUUCAAGGUUGGAUUUUUCAUCGUUGUGUUCAUUGUGAAGAUAAAACGCCAGCGCCAAUGAUUUGUUGUGUUUUUAUAUAUAUGUAUUUUUUACUCAUCUUUACCUGGGGUGCCAAUACAUGUGGAGGGCUGUUCUAAUGAUAGGAAGGUGUAGU